UCGAGGUACGUAUACAGUUAUUAAUACAAUGUUUUAUUGUAAAUUAAUAAACUUUUCUUUUUAUAAGACAAUUCGAUGUAAAGUGAUACGCACAUUUGGUUUGGAAAUUUUGUAAAAUUGUAGAACUAUAAUUGGAAAUUCUUUGAACGAGCUCUGAUUACUUCUAUACCUUUACAGAUUUCGAACGCAUUACUCACGCGAUGCGAUUCUUUUGAUAUUCUUUUAAAGAGUUGCACGAAAGCGUAAAAUAUUAGAGACUGAAAGUAAAUUAUAGUAAAAUACACGAUAGAAAUAUAAUUUAAUAUAUGUCAUUUUUCAAUGAAUGAUUGUAAUUAAUGUAUACAUUUUUUUUUUAAGUAAUAAUAAUUGAUUUGUUUCGCAGCAAAUGUAACGCCAUAUACGAUAAAAAAAACGGGCCAUGGCUUAAUUCAUAGAGUUCAUCGCGAUGAUUCGAAUAUCAAAGAAUCAGUCAUAAAACAUGCUGAAAAUUUAGAAAAUUUUAAAUAUUCGAAAAAUACAAAUGUAAGUGUACAAUUUGAUUUAUCAACGCUUACCAAUGCUACCAAGAAUAUUACAAAAGCUCAUAAAACGAUGUGAGUAUAUUGUUUUCAAUAACAAACAAAAAUAAAUUUAUUAUUUAAAUAUAUAUACAAUUAAUUAAUAAAUAAAAUACAUGGUUGUAAUUAAAAGUGAUGGAGGUGAACCUACUAAUCAUACAAGAUUUAAAAGAGGCGUCAUUCAUCUUUACAAUAUGGUAGUGUGUGCGACAGGAUGUAAUCCUCUGGCGUAUAAAGGAUAUGGUUGUUACUGUGGUUUCUUAGGAUCUGGAUAUGUCAUUGAUGGAAUUGAUCGUUGUUGUAAAAUGCAUGAUUGGUGCUAUGAUGCCACAGAAUGUCCAAUAUUUAUGGAAUAUAUAGCACCCUAUUAUUGGAGAUGUUAUCAUGGUCAUAAACCUGUAUGUGCCGUUGAACAUGGUAAAUGGGGAGGAUCGGGUUCGUGUGCUCAACGUUUGUGCGAGUGUGACAGAACUUUAGCUGAAUGUUUGCGUCGUUAUCCUUGUCCAACUACAAAAGCUGUUUGUACUUCAUCACCCUGGAGAUUAGUACAAAAUCUUUUCAUGAUUAUGUAGUUUCACGUACCAUGUCAAUUUUAGGUAUACCAAAGAUAUAAAAUGUAUAUAUUUUAUAAUGCAGAUAAAUAGUUCUCUAUAAUAUAUUUACAGAUUGCGCAUCUCUUAAACAGCUGAUCGUUUUAUACCUCAGGAAUUUAUAUUACAAAAAUAUAAAGUAUAACUUUGUUUUAGUUACUCUUAAUUCAAGAGUUUAACAGAUGUUAAUGAAGAAUAACUCUGUAUAU